GUAACAUAGGCAUACCCAUAACGGCACAGUCGACUCAUCCAGACGACAAUGCGUAUGUUGGUAGCUGUUUUUCUUAUUCUGGGUCACGUGGUACAAACCCAAGGUCACGGACGACUGACCAAUCCACCAGGGAGAGCCACUGCUUGGAGAUACGGAUUUAACACACCCGUCGACUACCAGGACAAUGAACAGUUUUGUGGUGGAAGGGAGUAUCAGCAUAACUUAAUGGGAGGUAACUGCGGGGUGUGUGGCGACAAAUACGACGCAUCGCCACGCCCACACGAAGCUGGCGGAGUCUACGCCACUGGAACUAUCGUGAAGACUUACAAGCAGGGGCAGACAAUCACCGUCACGGUUCAGCUGACGACAAACCACAAGGGAUAUUUCGAGUUCCGGAUGUGUCCGGUGAAUGACCACAAAAUCGCCGCCACGGACGAAUGUUUUGAGAAGCACGUCCUACGUCAGACUAACGGUAAAAUCAGAUACCAGCUGAAAACCUGGGACAGUAAAUACUAUGACGUAGAAUUACAACUUCCGCCGGAUCUGACGUGCUCGCAGUGUGUUUUACAGUGGAGAUAUGUAGCAGGAAACACCUGGGGCUGCUGGAAGUCGACGAUUACGUCACGGUGGCUGUUCACUCCUCGUGCCACGUGCUGCACCGGAUGCGGAAAUCAACAAGAAGAAUUCUACGGCUGCGCAGAUGUCUCAAUCAGAUCAGAUUACAACCCGCAGACGACAAAGAGACCACCGGCCCCGUCGACAACUCGGAAACCGACGACAACUCGGAAAACGACGACAAAACCGAUAACAACCAGACGAACAACAACACCAAAACGAACUACGACGACACCAAGACCAACUACAACUACAACAACGCCGAAGCCAACAACACGGAAACCUACCACCACAGUCAAGGCAACGACACUGAAACAGACCACCACAAGGCCAAAACCGACUACAGCUUACCUGCCCGCGUUGUCUAAGGGGAGUCAACUCUGUUCCUUCUUUUGUAAAGGGAAGGUAUCCUAUUUCUGUCCUAAGGACUGCUUAAAGAGGGCAAACAACGUGUAGUUGUUUUUGUAGCUCAAUAAAUCCAGUGAAAUUUGGA